AUGUCUUUGUUAUGGAUGGGCGAAUCACACUGUGGGACAACAACGAACAUUACCGAAUAUGAAGACACUAGGUUCCGGGUCCAUUCUCAUACUUACAUUCAACCAAGUGCGGUUAUAAUACCGUAUUUGAAACUAGUUGGUUUUGCAAAUGUAGCCAAGAUAGCAAGUUUAAAAGUAGACUUUAAACUAAUUGUUGCAUUGUUAGAGAGAUGGAGACCCGAGACACAUAUGUUUCAUUUAUCAACUAGUGAAUGUACUAUUACACUAGAGGAUGUGAGUAUGUUACUCGGUCUCCGAAUUAAUGGUAAAGUUGUUAAUGGCCCAACAAAUAUAACCAAUGAUGUUUACAUGGAGAAUUUGGGCGUCGAACCGACCGUUUCAAAUAAAAAUGGGGCUUCUGUCAAAAUUGUUUGGUUAGAAGCUCUAUUAGCACAGCUAAAAAAUAACUCUAACUCGACAGAGGAGGAAAAUAUUCUCCAUGCAAAAGUUUAUAUUUUACUAUUAGUUGCUACUUUUUUAAUGUCAGAUAAGAGUAACAAUUUAUUGCAUUCUUCUUGGUUACCUUUAGUAGGAGACCUAGAAAAAUGUAACACAUAUAGUUGGGGUUCUGCUUGUCUGGCAACACUAUAUAGACAUAUGUGA